AUGGUUGACCUACUGCGGCAAUGCGAAAAUCAUAGUAUACAAAUGGGAUACAAAUGGAAUCCAUCUAAAUGCGUGAUUUUGGGCAGUAGCAUAGAUCCAAUUACAUAUACCUUUUACGACCAGCCAUUACCAAGAGAAACAACUUUUGCAUACCUUGGUGUCCCCUUUAAACCGGAUGGACAUCUUGAUCCAGAAGAACUAAUUCAAUGUAAUACCCGUAAAGCUCUUGCAACGAUGAACAUGCUGUCAUCUGUUGGUAUGAAUCCUUCCGGUUUCUCUAAACUUCUUUGCACAAGGUUUUACGCUCACAUCGUUCGACCUCAGCUUGAAUACGGCCUAGCUAUCAAUCGCUUCACGGUCUCUCAAUUUUACGCUCUAGAGGAAGCCCAGAAUAAUUGCAUCAAGAAAAUCUACGGUGCUCGAGACAAAGCGUCCACUAAGGUUAUGCUCCACAUAUCCAGGCUACCCCUCAUGUCGGAACGAGUCAGUAUACUACAGGCACAGUUCCUCUUUCAUUCCUUAUAUUUGCCAGAAGAUGCACUGCUUACUUGUCUGUUACCUUAUAUCCGCAAUACCAGAUGA